AUGAAUUAGAAAAGUUUUUUCACAUGGUUCUAAUUAUUAUUAAAAAGAGAUUAACCUAUAAUAUUAGAUUAAUCUAAUUGGCUUGGUUUUGUAAGUGAAGUUUUAGAUGUUAUUUGCAGUUUUUCAAUGAAUAAAAUUGAUUUAAAAGAUGACAUAUUUUAAAGACAGCAGAUUUAAUCUAUUAUCGAGUUACUAUAAAAGUUGAUUAAUAUUCUAAAAAAUUUCAAUGACAAUAGUAUAAAUGAAUUAUUGAAGUUCAUAUUUUUAGUAUUUCUAACUAUAUAUUUAAUAGAUAUCUAAGGAAAUUCCAGAACUUGAAUAAUUAAAUCUAUAAAUUGAUGAAUAGGAUUAAUAUUAGAUGUUUCAAGAAUUAAAUCUAAAUGAUAAUGAAAUCAUAUAGUUGAGUUUUUCUAAAUAUGAACUUCUUUAAAUAAUUGAACAUGUUGAAGAUAAGUAUAAAUAGACAAAAGAAUAAUUGGAAUAAAUUUUACCAUAAUUUGAAAAAGUAGAAGAAAACCUUAAAUUAUCUAUAAUUGCAAAGGAGGAAGAAAAUAAAAUACUAAAUAAAUGUAAAUAAUUAAUAUAAAUUUUAGAAAUUGAAGAAUUAAUUGCAGAUAUUGAUCGAUUAAAUAUAAUUAAUGCAGAAUAAUAAACAAUUCUAAAUUAAAUAAAUGAAUAACAUUAAUGCAAUCCAGAUAAUAGUUAAUUAUUAUAAUAUUUAUAAAGGUAAAUAAAAAUAUUUAAUUAAAUUAGACAACAUAGUGUUAUAUAAGAAUAAGAACAAGAAUUAGAAGAAUUACGUAAGAUUUUUGCUAAAAAAUAAUUAAAUAAUAUCUUUUAAGACAAAGAAAAUUAUAAUAAUAUUUAAACUUUAGAAAGCAGAUUAUUUAUAUAUUCAGAAAAAUUAAAAGAAUUAAAUUAAUAAGUUUAAACAUUAUAAAAAGAUGUAGUCAAAUUAGAAAUUUAAAAAUCAUUAGUUGAAAAGAAAUUAGAAGAUACUACCUUAUAAAAAGAUUAAGAAAUUUAAAAACUUAAAUAAGAAAUUGAUGAUAUUUAAUUACAAAAUUAAAAACUUUAAUCUGAAAUAACUACUAGAUCUAAAGUUCUUUCAAUUCAUUCAUAAUCUUCAUAACAUUUAUUAGCUUAGGAACUUUAGGAAAGUCAUUUAAAAAUUCAAAAUUAAGAAAAGAAUACUGAUGGAAUAUAAAUAAAUGCAGUAUAAAUAGCUUAAAUUGAAGAACAAUUUUUGGCAGAAAAGGAAUAGUAUCAUUAAAUAAUAUAUAAUUUAAUGGCAGAUAUAAAAAAAUAAGAAAUAAUGUAUAAUGAUUUAAAGAAAGAAAAUAAUUAAAAUUAGUAAAAUUAUUAACAUUUACUAAAAAUUAAAUAUGAAACAGGAAACUUAACUCCUAAAAUAAAGAAAUUAGAACUUUAAAAUGAUUUACUUAAAAAGAUAGUGGAUGCCUUUAUAUAGACAAAUAGUUAAUGUUGA